AUGAAGCGAUGGUUUGGAGCAACAGGCACGAAACAACUGACAACGCGUUUCGCUAAACAACAGCAGCACCACUGGUUCGGAUAUCAACAACAACAACAACGAAAUAUCAGCGGUUUUGCUUUUGAUAUUGAUGGUGUGUUGCUGCGAGGUCAUAAACCCAUUCCAAAGUCAAGAGAAGCUUUGAUAGAGCUCAAGAAGAACAAGAUACCAUUCCUAUGUCUAACAAACGGUGGAGGUUUUCUGGAAUCGGUAAAAGCUGAGUAUGUCAACAAUGUUUUGAAAUUACCUGAUGAGUUUAAAUUAACUCCCGAACAAAUGAUUCAGAGUCAUACUCCUUUUCAAGAAUUUGCGAAGGAUUAUGAGGACAAAAAAGUAUUAAUUGUCGGAGGUUAUGAUUGUUUAAAUGUCGCAAAAUCAUAUGGAUUUAAAAAUGCUGUUCAUGUCGAUGAAUACCACAGGAAAUAUCCUUUUCUUUACAGCAUUUUUCCUCCUCGAGAUAUCACAAAGGAAGAAUAUAAAAGAAUGAAGCAAAUGUACUCAUUUGAAAUAGAUCCUACAGAUAGAAUGAGUGCUGUACUUUGGAUGUAUGAAAGUGACCAUCUUGGUCGUGAUUUACAGAUAGUGUUGGACUUUGUAUUGAGCAAACAUGGAUUACCAGGACAUUUACAAGAUUACAAUUUUAAAAACUUUGAACAGACUUGUAAGCUGGUCAUGUCGAACCAAGACUUUCUUUACUCCUCUUCAUUUUCAUGGCCUAGAUUUGGACAAGGAAUGAUUAAACUGUGUCUUCAAAGCAUUUUUAAAGAGCUCACAGGAAAAGAUUUACAAAUUCAACAAUAUGGAAAGCCAAUGAAGGUGACUUAUGACUUUUGCAAAAAAAGAUUGAAUGAGUUGGCAGCAAAAAAUGGUAUUACAGAAUCUGUUGACAGGAUAUUUAUGGUGGGUGACAAUCCCUUAUCAGAUAUUCUAGGUGCUCAUAAUGCUGGAGAUCCAUGGCAAUCAGUACUCGUAAAAACUGGUCUCUACAGGGGAGAUCUUGACCACCAAAAACCAGCACACUUUGUCGUGGCAGACGCAUUUACCUUUGUGACGCAACAUUUGCAAUAUUGA